AUGAAAUUCUCGGCUAUUCGAGAUCUACUUACGUGGGCAUCCAUUGUCUCCGUGGGCUUCGCACAAGAGUCAAGGGAAGAGAGCGUCAGCUCGUGGCCACUCCACGACAACGGGUUGAAUAAAGUGGUCCAAUGGGAUCACUACAGUUAUCAUGUCAAUGGCCAGAGGCUCUUCAUUUUCUCGGGAGAGUUUCAUCCUUGGAGAUUUCCGGUGCCGGAGUUAUGGCGAGAUCUUCUUGAGAAAAUAAAAGCUGCUGGCUUCAAUGCCUUCUCCAUUUACAACUCGUGGGGUUAUCACAGCGCCUCUCCCGAUGCUCUGGAUUUCACAAGCGGUGGGCACAACUUCACAUCUAUUAUGACGUUGGCCAAAGAGCUUGGCAUGUACAUCAUCAUUCGCCCAGGGCCCUAUGUCAACGCGGAGACGAAUGCUGGCGGUUUCCCGCUUUGGCUGACUACCGGAGAGUACGGCUCAUUGCGUAACGACGAUGACCGCUAUACCAAAGCAUGGACCUCGUACUGGCAAGCAAUCUCCAAGAUCAUCGAGCCACACCUCAUAACCAACGGCGGAAAUGUCAUCAUAUUCCAGAUCGAGAAUGAACUGAAUGGCCAAUGGAAGGACAUCCCCAAUCGUGUCCUGAAUCCUACUAUUGCCAACUAUAUGCAACUUCUCCAGGAUAGUGCAAGGGACAACGGAAUUGACGUACCUCUUGCGCACAAUGCCCCCAACAUGAAUGGCUACUCCUGGUCUAAAGACUUUUCGAAUGAGACUGGAAACGUUGACGUGGUUGGAGUGGACAGCUACCCGUCUUGCUGGAGCUGCAAUAUCAGCGAAUGUACUGGUACAAAUGGCCAGUAUGUUCCCUAUAAGGUUCAAAACUACUAUGACUACUUCACCGUCCAGUCUCCUACCCAGCCCAACUUCCUCCCCGAGUUUCAAGGCGGAUCUUACAACCCCUGGGGAGGUCCCGAAGGCGGUUGCCCUACUGAUAUUGGCGAUGCCUUUGCAAACAUGUUUUACAGAAACCUCAUCUAUCAGCGUGUCACAGCCAUCUCCCUGUACAUGCUCUUCGGUGGGACAAACUGGGGCCACUCUGCUUGUCCUGUUGUUGCAACAAGCUAUGACUAUUCUUCACCCGUGUCGGAGAAUCGCGCUCUUUGGAGCAAGUACUCAGAAACGAAGCUCCUUACUCUCUUCACGAGGGUAGCCCAUGACUUGGCUAAAACGGAUAGGCUCGCUACCGGAACCAAUUAUACGACCAACGGGGCGAUUACAGUCUCUGAGCUACGAAACCCAGACACCAAUGCCGGGUUUUACGUCGUUAUGCAUGCGGACUCAACUUCUAGCACCACGGAAAGCUUCAAGGUUCACAUCAACACGUCCGAAGGAAGCCUUACCGUGCCAGAGUUCAGCAAAGAUGUUGUCAUUGCCGGCCACCAAGCCAAGAUUCUUGUCACCGACUUCAGCUUCGGUAGCAAGACACUCCUAUAUUCGACAGCGGAGAUAUUGAGCUUCUCUAUCAUUGAUGGCAAAGAGGUCUUGGCUCUCUGGCUGCCUGAGGGGGAGUCUGGAGAGUUCACCAUCAAGGGAGCAGGAUCAAUCCAGGACGCAGAAUCGAUCAAGGCGUCCAGUGUCGGAACCUCCGCCUUCAAGGAAUCUUUGUCUGUCAACCAGGCUGAUUUCGGGAUUACUGUAUCUUGGGUUCAGACUGCUGGUCUUGGUACACUUGAGCUCCCAGAUGGAACGCAUAUUUGGCUCCUUGAUCGGGCGGCCGCGUACCGGUUCUGGGUACCAGCACUUGUCAACGACCCCUUCGUCCCGGAGAACGCAACAGUGUUUGUUCAGGGACCAUAUCUAGUCCGAUCAGCCGAAUACGACAGUGGUUCAAAAACCCUCCACCUCACCGGAGACGAAGAGGAUGCUCAAUCUGCUACAAUCUUCGCACCUGAAGCGGUGGAAACCAUAACUUGGAAUGGAGAAGAUGUUACUAUUGAAUCCAAGAGCAAAGGCACUUACACUGUGUCCAUUCAGGGACCGGCUAAGUUCCAGCUACCUACUCUUGGUCCCUGGAAGAGCGUAGAUAGUUUGCCCGAGAUCAGAUCUAAGUACGACGCCACGGGAGAGGCCUGGAUUGUUGCCAAUAACACCGAAACACCUAAUCCGACGAAGCCAGCCGGCAACAACCCUGUUCUCUACGUUGAUGACUACAAAAUCCACUACGGCAACCAUAUUUACCGGGCUACUUUCCCAACUGCAAAUGAAGCUCAAACCGGUGUGUCCCUUAGCCUGCUGGGAGGUCUUGCCUUCGGAUACUCUGUCUGGCUCAACUCGGAGUACAUUGGGUCUUACUACGGCCUUUCGUACAAGGGCAAUAGCAUUGAGACCUUCUCCUUCGACAACGCCACCCUAGCAGACAAGGGCCAAGAUAAUAUCCUGGUUGUUCUCAUGGACCAAUCUGGUCAUGAGCUGCGCGAGUCUGCUAUUGAUCCUCGCGGUAUCACCAACGCCACACUCCUUGGGCCUACCAGCAGUGAGUAUAAGUUCUCUGAAUGGAGGAUCGCCGGAAACGCAGGCAGGGAGGAGAACAUCGACCCCGUGCGUGGGCCGAUGAAUGAAGGAGGCCUGUACGCCGAACGAGUUGGCAUGCAUCUGCCCGGGUUCCCUGGCAAGUGCUGGGUUGAUGUAAACAGCAGUGCUCUUGUCGUCCCUUCUGCUGGCGUACGUGCUUUUAGAACAGUCGUGCCUCUUGACGUUCCAUCUGGCCUUGAUGUCUCCGUCACCUUCCGACUUACAUCAACUGGCAAUGAAGGGUACGAGCCCAGUGACCCAGGCCAUUCCAAUCGUCUACGGGCUCUACUGUUUGUCAAUGGAUACCAGUACGGGCGAUUCAGCCCGUAUAUUGGCAACCAGAUCGACUUCCCUGUUCCGCCAGGCGUUCUCAACUACAAGGGAGACAACACAAUACUUGUCACGGUGUGGAGUCAAUCCGCAGAAGGGGUGGAGAUGAAGAUUGACUGGAAGCUGGACUAUGUUCACUCAACAAGUUUCAAUUUUGCCUUUGAUAGCGACUAUCUUAGGCCUGGGUGGACUGAGGAUAGAAGAAAGUACAAAUAG